AUGGCUGCAAAACUCAUUGACCGACAAUUCCAUAAUGUCCCAGGUAGAUUCCGGGUGGCAGAACUGUUCUUCGAGGUUCCCAUCAACUACAGCCAGCCAGGAGAUGGAGCGCUGCGAUUAUUUGCUCGCAGUAUCUGCCGUGCAGUGAAGCCAGUUGAUCCUGGAAAGGACGAGAAACACCCGCAACUCCCUUGGCUUGUCUACUUGCAGGGCGGCCCCGGUAUGGGGUGUCGCCCUCCCCAGGAGUAUGGCUGGGUUGGAACUGCUUUAGAUAAGGGAUAUCAGGUAUUGUUUCUUGAUCAACGUGGAACUGGACUCAGUUCAACCAUCACAGCAGGCACUUUGGCUUUGCAGGGAAAUGCUAUCAAACAAGCCGAAUAUCUGAAACACUUUCGGGCCGACAACAUUGUGCGGGACUGCGAAGCUGUUCGUCGGUGUCUCACCACAGACUACCCCGAGGAGAAGCGAAAGUGGAGUAUAAUCGGACAGAGCUUCGGAGGGUUCUGCGCAGUGACAUAUCUUUCUAUGUUCCCAGAGGGUCUUGCCGAGGCUUUUAUCUGCGGCGGGCUUCCGCCGUUAGUCAACGGGCCAGAUGCUGUCUACUCACGCACUUACGAAAAGGUAUUGGAGAGGAACAAAUGUUACUACUCCAAGUUCCCCGAAGACGUGGCUCGGGUGAAGGGAAUCGUCGAGUACCUGAAGCAAAAUAAGAUCACGGUGCCAUCCGGCACACUUACUCCUCAACGGAUCCAGCAACUCGGGAUCAUGUUUGGCAUGCAUGGUGGGCUCGAUAGCGUUCAUGAUCUGAUCCUGCGCGCCACGAGUGACUUAGACUCCUUCGGGUUUCUCACGCAUCCCACACUCGUUGCCCUCGAUAGUUACGGCGGCUACGAUAACAACGUCAUUUACGCCAUACUCCACGAGUCAAUUUACUGCCAAGGGGAGGCCUCAAACUGGUCUGCCGACAGACUACGAUCCUCAAAUCCCUGGUUCAGUCUUACCUCUGAUUCACCCGAAAUCCUUUUUACUGGAGAGAUGAUAUACAAGGACAUGUUCGACUCCUACAGCGAGCUCAAUCAGAUCAAAGAGGUGGCGGAUAUUCUAGCAGCAACAACCGACUGGCCCGCGCUCUACGACGAGGAACAGUUGGCGAAGAAUGAAGUGCCCGUUUAUGCGGCAACGUACUUGGAGGAUAUGUAUGUGCAUUUCGAGCACGCGUCGAACACAGCGGCGAAGAUCAAGGGUAUCAAGCAGUUCAUCACGAAUGUGAUGUAUCAUAACGCCAUCCGGAGCAAGGCGGACGAGGUUUUCCAGCAGCUCUUCGCGCUGAGGGAUGAUACGAUUGACUAG